AUGGCGACGGCGGCGGCAGCGGCGGCGGCGAUGGCUCCUCCGGGCUGCCCGGGUUCGUGCCCCAACUUCGCAGUAGUCUGCUCCUUCUUGGAGCGCUACGGGCCGCUGCUAGAUCUGCCUGAGUUGCCGUUCCCCGAGCUGGAGCGGGUGCUGCAGGCGCCGCCGCCAGACGUCGGCAACGGAGAAGUACCAAAAGAAUUGGUGGAGCUCCAUUUGAAGUUGAUGAGGAAGAUUGGUAAAUCUGUUACAGCAGACAGAUGGGAAAAGUAUUUGAUCAAGGUUAGGAGGAGCUGCUGAAAUGAGAGAAAGCUUCCUGGACUGACUUUU